GGAUUGCCAUCUAAAUUGUGACAAGUGCAUCUUUGUUCGUUCAUUCAUCCAUCCAUGAAUUUUCCUGCGAUGCACACGAUUCAAGAUCUGAAGGUUUUGACGAUAUGAUUCUAGGCAUUUCCAAGAGGACAUUGUGAGAGUGAGAUUUUUGUAUUCUUAAUUUCUAGCUGCAAUAGUAAACUUCGUUGAACUUUCGAGCUGUAUUGCUAUUCAGAACACCCACAGUUUUUCAACAUCGAUAUCCCGUAUCCGAUAUUUGUUUUGGAUCAGAGACCCGAGAUUCCUGAAUACCGACGCCCAAAAUGGCGGGUGAUGAAGAGGAGCAAGAUACUCGUCCGGUGGGAUUCUGGCAUCGCGAUUUAAACGAGACGAGGAAAUAUGUUGUUAAGAAAUGGAUUAUUACGACCUUGAUCCUCUCCAUAGCAAUCCUAUCCAUUCUUUCUAUUUACUGGGGCGUUCUCUUUCACGUUGAGCAGAACCUGUCGUCGCUAGUAGUCUGGGUAGUAGAUUUUGAUGCACAAGUUGCACCUUACACAGACACAACUCCAAUAGUUGGACCCGAGAUUGUAAAGGCUGCUGAGGCACUGAUUGCUCCUGAAGGUGCGCUCGGGUGGGGAAGUUUACCGGCUAGUGAUUUUGGAUAUGAUCCAAUGGAGGUCAGAAGGAGGGUUUGGGAGUUUGGAGCUUGGGCUGCAGUAAUAAUCAACGCAAAUGCCACAGCCCUCCUCCAAAACGCCGUUCAAAAUGGCAACACGACAUAUGAUCCCAUGGGAAUUGCACAAAUAAUCUACGUCCAAGCACGAGAUGAAACAACCUACGCCAACUAUAUCACCCCACAGCUACUCCAAUUCCAAUCCUCUGUAACCGCCAUGUUUGGCCAGCAAUGGGCUGCACAGGUGGGAGAUCAAGCCGCUACAAACCCAGCCAUAUUGACCAAUAUCCGGAAUAAUCCCCAGACGAUAUCACCCGCUAUCGGAUUCUCGACAUUCAAUCUUCGACCCUUUACUCCGCCUGUGGCUACGCCAGCUGUGAGCAUCGGUCUCAUCUACCUGAUCAUCAUCUCUUUCUUCUCCUUCUCCUUCUACCUCCCCGUUCACACAAAAUACAUAACCCCUCAAGGUCAUCGCCCGCUCCACUUCUACCAAAUGGUCAUCUGGCGCUGGCUAGCCACCAUCACCGCCUACUUCUUCCUCUCGCUCUUCUACUCGCUCCUCUCUCUCGCCUUCCAGAUUCCCUUCUCCACAGGCCACAAAUCCAUAACUUCAGUCGAAAGCGCCACAGCCUAUGGAAAAGGCACAUUUGUAGUGUUCUGGAUGCUCAACUGGGUAGGUAUGGGCGCGUUAGGUAUUGCGUGCGAGAAUGUGACGAUGAUUAUUGGGCAGCCGUGGACUGCGCUGUGGUUGGUCUUUUGGGUCAUCACGAAUGUUUCGACGAGCUUCUAUUCGAUUGAUUUGGCGCCGAAAUUCUUUUAUUGGGGGUAUGCUUGGCCAUUGCAUAAUAUCGUCGAAGCCAGUCGCCAACUCCUCUUUGACCUGCACUCGCGCAUCGGCCUCAACUUCGGCAUCCUAUUCACCUGGGUCGCAAUCAACACUCUAUUCUUCCCUUUCUGCUGCUACUUCAUGCGCUGGCAAACAUUGCGAAGUCAGGAAAAGACCAUGGACAAGAGAGGGAAUGCCAAGGAAGAUUCUGAAAGUAAGGGGCCGGAGGAAACUGGAUAGGAAGGUCUGAAUAUCAUAUCAGAUUGGAAUUGGGGUAUCUGAAAUCUCGGUUCGGAGGUUUGGAGAUCCGUUGAUUGAUACCUAGAUGGACGGAAAGUUUUUUUUUUCUCUCUAGAUCGCUAUACAUGUUUGUGUGUAUAUAUAUGACCUCGAAGAGAUCGAAUGAAGUAUGACGCAGUGAUGGAAGCUUGUACAUAUAUAUAUCAGUUGAAACUACAACGUUUGUAAAACAAAAAUAAAUAAAAAAUGAUAAUGCAGUAAUAGCCAAUAACUAUCUUUCA